CCUCGCCUCUCUCCCUCUCUCCUCGCCCGCUGGGUGCUGAAGUUGGACGGAUGGCAGCAAACAGGCUCCGCUAGAGGACCAAGCAGCCCAGCCUCGCGCCCCCGGAUCUACCUGUGCGCUGCCCACACCUCCAGGCUCCUGGCCAAUCCGGUACUGACGUAGCUGAGAUGCGGAAAAGGCAGCAAUCACCAAAUGAAGGAACACCUGCCGCGUCUCAAGCACCUGGAAACCAGAGGCCCAACAACACAUGUUGCUUCUGUUGGUGCUGUUGCUGCAGCUGCUCCUGCCUCACUGUUAGGAACGAAGAAAGAGCGGAAACUGCAGAAAGACCCACACAUACCACCAAAAUGGAGAGUCUCCAGGUCCUGGAGGAAGGCCAAAACCCCACCACAGAAGAAGUCUUGUCCUGGUCUCAAAAUUUUGACAAGAUGAUGAAGGCCCCAGCAGGAAGAAAUCUUUUCAGAGAGUUCCUCCGAACAGAAUACAGUGAAGAGAACCUCCUUUUCUGGCUUGCCUGCGAAGACUUAAAGAAAGAGCAGAACAAAAAAGUCAUUGAAGAAAAGGCCAGAACGAUAUAUGACGAUUACAUUUCGAUACUGUCACCAAAAGAGGUCAGUCUCGAUUCUCGAGUUAGAGAGGUGAUCAAUAGAAAUCUGUUGGAUCCCAAUCCUCACAUGUAUGAAGAUGCCCAACUUCAGAUAUAUACCUUAAUGCACAGAGAUUCUUUUCCAAGGUUUUUGAACUCUCAGAUUUAUAAGUCAUUUGUUGAAAGUACUGCCAGCUCUACUUCUGAAUCUUAAUUUUCAUUAAAAAAACAUCACUUUGGAGGGCUGGGAUGGGAAAUAGAAGUAAUGAAAUAACACCAGAAACGGAGUCCCUGGAGAACUACGGUUUAGCAAUUCCUCAGGCUACUGUGAAAUAAAACCAUAUGGUCUUGUCUCCAUUUUUAUCAAGGUUAUCCAUGGUUAACUUUGGAGGAAAUACCACAUACAACAAUGAAUUGCCAAAUUAAGUUUGUUUUAUUCAACACUCAUUCUAUUUGCAAGCAAACUGUAUUUGUAGUCCUAUGAACAGUCUCCUAGUGUAUUUCCAGAGACUGCAUGUGCAAAGUAAAACUGCUUCAUCUGCCAAGUAGUUGUUGUGAUAUUUAAUCCAGUGGCAUAACUUCUAUCUGUAUUUAAGGACUUUUGUGCAAUAUGGUCUUACAAAAAAAAUUGCCAAAAAGUUGGCUGUGGUUUGCGUUUUUAAAUAUAAUCUAAGACAGAAAAAGCCAAUUUUUAAAUUGUAACACAAUGACAUUCAACAUGCUAUAUACUGUGUUUCAUACACUAAUUUUGAAGCCAAUAUAUCUGUACAUGAAAAAAAAGAGCUAUUUAUCUCUGUUUGUUGGAAAAUGUUACUGGGGGAUUCCUCUGGUUGUACACUGCCAAAACUGUGGCAUUUUUAUUACAGAGGAAUUUGUCGUGUAAAAAAUCACUAGACAAAAAGAGGAAAAAAUAAGCACAAAAUCAUUUGAAGAAAUUCUAUCUCCAUGAAAAAUCAAAGAGUGAUUGUUUUUAACUGUAACAGAAGAAAAUUAAUCUAUGUAUAUAUCACAUGUCCAAUACUGUAAUUAAUUUAUUAAAGACUGGCUCUCCAGUU